UGACGUCACGCUCCAAUUCCCUCCCUGAGGUCUGAUAGCUCAUGGACCCAAUAAAAUAAGUACAAUGGGGCAUAGCUCGCUAUAUUCCGCAUUCAUAGGAGCAAGCAAUCCUUUUCCGAGGAUCGUCUUUUAAAUUUGCCGCAAUAUCUCGAAGAAGAGUCUCCAAGAAGCUCGUCGUCGUGUGCUGCAAAGUUGGCCGCAAUCGGAGCAUAAAGAAGAGAACAUCAUCUGCAUUUGGCCUUCAAAACAUAACAGUAUGAGUCAGAAGACAGAGCGUCGCGGCAUCCACGUGGACCAGUCGGAGCUGCUGUGCAAAAAGGGAUGCGGUUACUAUGGUAAUGCCGCCUGGCAAGGACUAUGCUCCAAGUGUUGGAGGGAGGAGUACCAACGGGUGCGCCAGAAGCAGAUCCAGGACGACUGGGCCUUGGCCGAAAAGUUGCAGCGUGAGGAGGAGGCGGCCGCGUACGCCAGCAGUCACGGCGCGCCAGCCCAGGCCCAGGCCACGCCGCCGCCGUCGCACCCGUCCCAGUCCUCGCUCGGAGCCUUUUCCAAGUUCGAGGAGAAGAAAACCAAUGAGAAGACGCGCAAAGUGACGACCGUCAAGAAGUUCUUCAGCCCGUCGUCGCGCAGCGCUUCCAAGAAAGACUCACCGGAGGUGAAGACGAGCAGCCCCUCCAUGGGCCGCCAUGCCAGCUUCGACUCGGACCAGGUGUCCAAGGACUUCAUGGAGUUCCUGAAGAACCUGCAGCGGCCCGGCCGGGAGAUCCACAAGCAGUGCCGCAGUUUCCUGCUCAGCGUGUCGGGCAAGAAGGAACUGAGCGCAGAAGAAGUGUCGGAGUGCGUUCAGGACUUCUACCAGGGCCUGGCAGAGCGCUUGAUGGGUCACUUCAAAGGUUCCUCCGAGGCAGUGGAGCAGGUGAUGGACCAGGUGGAGAAGUACAUCAUGACUCGUCUGUACAAAAGCGUCUUCUGCCCAGAGACCACCGACGACGAGAAGAAGGACUUGGCCAUGCAGAACAGGAUCAGAGCUCUCCACUGGGUGAACAUCCACAUGCUUUGUGUGCCCAUGGAUGAGGAGAUUCCUGAAGCCUCAGAGAACGUGGUCAAAGCCAUCACGGACAUCAUCGAGAUGGACUCAAAGAAGGUUCCCCGGGACAAGCUUGCGUGCGUGACGCGCUGCAGCAAGCACAUCUUCGCCGCCAUCGGCAGCACCAAGAGCGAGCCGGCGUCGGCCGACGACUUCCUGCCCGCGCUCAUCUACAUCGUCCUCAAGGCCAACCCGCCGAGACUGCAGUCCAACAUCCAGUACAUCACACGCUUCUGCAACCCCAGCAGGCUGAUGACCGGCGAAGACGGAUACUACUUCACUAACCUGUGCUGCGCGGCGGCCUUUAUCGAGAAGCUGGACGCCCAGUCCCUCAACCUCACUCCGGAGGAGUUCCAGUCCUACAUGUCGGGCCACGCCUCGCCGCACUCCGACCGGAACCGCCCCUCCGCCCAGGACUCGGGGCCGGACCCCCCGGCCCCCAACCCCGCGCUGGCCCAGCUCCAGCGUAACCUGGACCUCCUGUCGGGCCUGAGCAGGCGCCAGGAGACGCUGACGGAGGCGGCCCGCAGGCUUCGGGCCGAGCUGCUGUCCUGGCCCGACAGCGUGCGGCGCGAGGUGCAGGACGCUCUGGAGAAACACCCGCUGAACGUGAGCCGGCCUGCCGUGGCCGCCGCCGACAACGCCGACCCCGACCUGCUCCCCGAGCCUCUCGCGCCACAGGUGUUUGCUGGGUAAUGGAGUCCAAACAUUACACUCCCGCUUGGAAAUGUCCUCACAUUACAGUUUAUUAGCCUUUUAGGGUUUAAUGAUUAACUCCACUACACGUGCUGUAGCCUCACUCUAAACUGCACACACUUGAACGCGGGAUUGGGCUAACGCUGCCAUUUGUUUUUUUUUUUUUAAUUGAUUGUAUUUUUUCACUUAUUUAACUUUGAGCUGCAUUUAAAUUUUGUAUUUUUUAUUUGUUUUGGGAGGUGGGGAGGUAUCUUUACAAAAGGCCACAUUAUUACGUACAUCUUUGCAGGGAACGAUCCAAUACAAGAGCUGUAUAAAAAAAAGUAGUGUUAAUUCAUUUUAAAAAUCCAUUUGCGAAAAAGGUGUCAUUACAAUGAACAUAGUGUUCAAAUGUUUCGGAAAAUCUGCUUUAAAAAAAAAAAAAAAAAACAUACUUUGGUGUCUAUUUUGCUAAAGAAGGCAACAAACAAUUAAAUUAAACUUAUUGUUAAAUUUGAAAAUUGUGCCUUUAAAAAGUAUGUUUAAAAUUUUUUUUAAGGCAGUUUUUUUUUAAACUUGCGUUGACCAGUUUGUUUAUGAUACUGUAGUGCUUGUUACCUUAUUUAGCAAAAGAGACUAAAAAGUAUGUGCUUGAUUCCAUAUUUUGUUUCAUUUGCUCAAUAAGUCCAGUAUUCCAUUUUGAAUGGUAGAAUUUUUUAAAGAUGAAUUUACUUUUUCUGUAUGUUUAAUAUAUUGUUUGUUGGUAUAUUUAGCAAAACAAAAAAUAGGACAACUCACAUACAAAAAGUAUUUAUAUUUAAAUUAAAAAAAAAAAAAAAAGCAGAUUUUUCAAACAUGAAAUUACCAAUGUGGUUAUUGUAGUAUUCCCCCCCCCCCCUUAUUUAAUAAAAGAAACAAAUAAUAAAAAAAGAACAUACUUUUUGUUCCUUUUGCUAAAUAAGACAAGAAAGGCUAUGAUAAACGUUCAAUUCAUCUUUGAAAAAUCAGCCUAAUAAAUAUAAACAACAUACUUUUUAAAGGCAGAAUUUUAAAAGACGAAUUUAACGUGUUUAUCAUCGCGUUUAUUGUCUCAUUUACAACAGUAGUUCUCAGACUUUUUA